AUGGCAUCAACAGACGAUAGCCACGACAUUGCCUCGCGACCAUCUACAACGGAAGAGCCCCAGCAAACUUGCAGUCCAGAGCCAAUUGAGCCCGUUCUGGAAAUGGAAGAAAUGCUAGUGGCUCGUUUAACCCAAGGGCUGGAGAAUUGCGAUUGGGACCAGCUGCAAGAGAAAUACACUGAUGCUAUGGGUGAACAUAGUCGCGUUGAGGAUGACCUUCGUGCGCAGACUACAAAGCUGCUCGAUGUCUUUACAACGUGGUCUCAGACAGCCAAGUUACAAGAUGAACAGCGGGCACUGAAGAGAUUCAAGACACAGAUGCAGUACGUGCAGAACUCCGAGGCCAGCGUGGAGAAUAAGAAAAAGCAUUGUAAGUUCGGGAGACCCAUCUUCCUCCCUGUUCAAGUGCUGAUCACUCGGUCCCCCAUUCAAGACACUGAGGUGGUGAAAGCAUUCCAAAGUGCCCUGGCCUUGCUUAAUGAGCAGUUGAAAGCUUGA